UCACACUGCCAUGGAGAAGAAAACAACAUUUUUGGAAAUAAUUCCGAAAUCAAACUAUUUAAGUGCUGAGGAACUCAUCGCACAUCGUCACUUUGAGUUUGAAACGCCCAGCGGAGGCCUGAAGCGAACACAAAUCGAAGGCAGUGCGGCGGAACUCGAGGAGCUUCGCCGGGCGCAAGAUUGCCUGCGAGCUCAACUGUCCGUGCCUCGCAUAGAGAGACUUGGGGGACGAGCACUGGCCACAUGGGAUGAAAAGCAACAAGUGGCGCAGGUCAUGCGCAAGGAUGGUAAAUUCGAAAACUUUGGAUACUGCGACCAAGGGAAACUCUACUUGGAAUACUACGAAGCCCUAUUUCUCCUGGAAGUGGGACGCCUUCAACUGGAGUACUAUGGAUGUGUAGUAUCUAUUGAGCAAGCUUAUGUUCUUCUCCUUGGUGAAUUGGAAAGCGAGAAAUACGAGCACUAUUUGAUUUAUUCGGCUUUAUCCCGCGCCGGUUAUAUAGUCGUGAGGCAUCAACGUACGCAGAUAGCUCCGCCAGCAGUCACCAGCGAAGAUUGCAUCUGGUCUUUCCUGAAGGCAAAAGUGGGGAAUCAACCAGUACCCGAUCACAUAAGAGAAUCCCCCCAUUACGCACUCAUAGAGAAGCGAAUGGAAGAUUUUAAGGAACUCAUUGUUGGCCAGAAGACGAAGGGUUCCACAGUCAGCGAAGAAACCAUAGAUUUCGAAUUCGACACGCGAAAGCGGAAAGCUCCUGAAGAACCAACCAAUGAGCCGGGAACAAAGAGAGGAAAGCUUUGCCCAACUGGUCAAAGUCUUGUAAAUCAGCGAAAGACCCAACCGUCAUAUGCAAGGUUUGCAGAGUUGUUUCAAAAGUUUGAUAUUGUGCAGCUGAGAAGCAAAGAUUGUACGACCGAAGAAAGCAUGAACUGUCCUUUAAAAAUAACCUUUGAUCUGCACCUGCAUAAUGAGGGCUUCAAGAAGAGCUCACCCAAGGCACCAGUCUUUAAUGUCAUCAUACUGGCGCCACGCUCUGCCUUUCCCAAUCACGAUCAGAUCUCGAAGAUCCAAAGUCUCCGCACCGCCCCACUGCUCGUUGUAUCCGUUAGCGAGUCCAAACAGAUACAGGCCUUUUUAUACUAUAUUAGUUGAUGAUUGCCAAUGAUCAUGCCUGCGUAAC